AUGGCGGAGUACCAACGUUUGACGAAAACGAUGAAAUUAGUCUUUGUGGAUUUCACUGCGACCUGGUGCGGGCCUUGCAAGAUGAUUGGGCCGGUGUUCACGUCGCUCGCGACCAAGUAUCCGGCGGCGCACUUCAUCAAAGUCGACGUCGACGCGGCGCAAGACAUAGCGGGUUACGAGCGCGUUUCGUCCAUGCCCACGUUCGCGGUGUAUUGCGAAGGGCGCAAGGCGGAAACAUUUAGCGGCGCCGAUGGCAAUCGUUUGAGCCAACUAGUGGCGAAAUACUAUUCAUCGCUCGGGUUGUGA